AUGGGGUGGCUUGAUGGGAAGAUCAUCCUGUUGUCUGUGGCAGUACAGGGCAUUGGCCGAGCAGCUGCUAUUGGUUUUGCUAAAGAAGGAGCCAAAGUCAUUGCUACAGACAUCAAUGAACUUAAACUGCAAGAACUGAGGAAAUAUCCAGGCAUUCAAAUACGGGUUCUGGAUGUCACCAAAAAGGAGCAGAUAGAAAAUCUGGCCAAGGAGAUUGAGAAGAUUGACGUCCUAUGUAACAUAGGGUUUGUUCAUCAUGGAACCAUUCUGGAGUGUGAGGAGCAAGACUGGGCCUUCACCAUGAACCUCAAUGUUCGCAUCAUGUACCUAAUGAUCAAGACAUUCCUUCCAAAGAUGCUUAAACAGAAAUCUGGAAAUAUUAUGAAUAUGUCUGCUGUGGCAUCCAGCAUCAAAGAUAAAGAUCUUGUUUUUGACAUGGGGGCAGAUAUUACGCUCAUUCCGACCACGGAAUGGCCGUCGCACUGGACCCUAGACGACGUGGACGGACAGAUCCAAGCUGCUGCUCGGGUCGCCAAGGCCAUGGCUCCUGAAGACGAGUUGAAGGAGCUUGAAAAAGAGCUUGAAGAAGACAGUGACGAAGACGAAGAAGAAGAUGAAGACGAAGAAAAGGACGACGAAGAAGAUGACGAAGAAGAAAAAGACGAAGACAAAGACAAAGACGACGAAGAAGAAGAUGAACAAAGAAGAACAGAAAAAAGACGACGACGACGAAGAAGACGAAUACGAAGACGAAGAUGA